AUGUCCGGCCAGUCCAACGGCGUGGCGGAGAAGACGCACACGGCGUCGCAGCGGUAUCUGUCGACCCGCGGCGAGGAUGAGGAUCUCUCCUUCGAGGAGGUGGUCCUCCAGGGUCUCGGCUCCGACGGUGGCCUGUUCAUCCCGCAGGACAUCCCCAAGGCGGCCGACUGGCAAAGCUGGGCCGGCCUGUCGUUCCAGGAGCUGGCCUUCCGCAUCAUGUCCCUCUACAUCUCCCCGUCCGAGAUCCCACCAGCCGAUCUGAAAGGCAUCAUCGACCGCAGCUACUCCACAUUCCGCACCGAGGAUGUCACGCCGCUCGUGCACAUGAAGGACAACCUGUACCUGCUGGAGCUGUUCCACGGCCCCACGUUUGCGUUCAAAGACGUCGCGCUGCAGUUCCUCGGCAACCUGUUUGAGUACUUCCUUGUGCGGAAAAACGAGGGCAAGACGGGCCGCGACCGCCACCACUUGACUGUGGUUGGCGCCACGUCGGGCGACACGGGCAGCGCGGCCAUCUACGGCCUGCGAGGCAAGAAGGACGUGUCCGUGUUCAUCUUGCACCCCAAGGGUCGCGUCAGCCCCAUCCAGGAGGCCCAGAUGACCACCGUGCCCGACAAGAACGUGCACAACCUUGCGGUGACGGGCACCUUUGACGACUGCCAGGACAUUGUCAAGGCUCUGUUUGCCGACCCGGCGACCAACAAGGCCCUGCGUCUGGGCGCCGUCAACUCCAUCAACUUUGCACGCAUCCUCGCGCAGAUCACCUACUACUUUUAUGCGUACUUUAAGCUCACGCAGGGCCCGCUCGCCGCCGAGGGGUUCAAGGUCGGCGACAAGGUGCGCUUCGUCGUGCCCACGGGCAACUUUGGCGACGUCCUGGCGGGCUACUUUGCGCACCGCAUGGGCCUGGUUGUCGACAAGCUUGUCAUUGCCACCAACGAAAACGACAUCCUCGACCGGUUCUGGAAGACGGGCCGCUACGAGAAGCACCCCCUGUCGCAGCGCGAGCAGCAGGCACAGCAGGCGGGCACGAACGGUGCCGGUGGCCUGGCCGUCGACGGCGCCAAGGCGCACGCGGACGGCGUCAAGGAGACGCUCAGCCCGGCCAUGGACAUCCUGGUGUCGAGCAACUUUGAGCGCCUGCUGUGGUUCCUGGCGUACGAGUUCGCGGCCGCCGCGGGCAUGGACGACGCGUGGAACAAGAAGCAGGCCGGCCAGGAAGUCGCCACGUGGCUCAAGGACCUCAAGACCAAGGGCGGCUUUGGCCCCGUGUACAAGGACGUGCUCGAGACGGCGCGGCGGACGUUUGAGAGCGAGCGCGUCAGCGACGCGCAGACGCUCGAGACCAUCAAAUCUGCGUACCGGAACGGCUCCGAGGGCUACAUCCUCGACCCGCACACUGCCGUCGGGUUCACGGCCGCCGAGCGUUCGAUCGGCCGCACCAGCCCCAGCGUGCCGCACGUGGCCCUGUCGACGGCGCACCCUGCCAAGUUUGCCGGCGCUGUCGUCACCGCUCUGAAGGACGAGGCCGGCUUUGACUUUGAGAAGCAGGUCCGCCCGGCCGAGUUCAUUGGCCUCGAGGACAAGGAGCGCCGCGUCUCGACGGUGGCCAACGACUGGAAGGCUGUCAGUGCCCUGGUCCAGAAGCAGGUGGACGAGGAGCUGUCUGCUCCGUAA